GUUGCGUAAACACAAGCUUUUUUAUUGUGGAUAUGGACCCUUAAAUCGCUUUAAAUUUGCUAAGUAUUUCUUCAGAUAUAAUAGGAUAGAUUUUCAGACAUGAAUUCUGUCAGCCGUCCCGUGUCAGAGAUUAUUAAAAACCGUGAUGUUGAAGAACCCAAGAAACGCAGUAGAGAGGAUUGGCGUAAAGCUAAAGAGCUGGAAGAAGCUCGAAAAGCAGGCAAUGCUCCAGCUGCAGUAGACGAAGAUGGAAAAGAUAUCAACCCACAUUUGCCUCAGUACAUUUCAACUGCUCCCUGGUAUUUUGGUGCCAAAACUGCCACUUUGAAACAUCAGAGACCACAGCCCGAUAAGCUGACAGAAUUCAGUAAAAUAAGUGAUGAAUAUGUUCGGGGAUUGAAGGGUUCAAUAUGUGUUAAAUAUAGAGAUGGUGCAUGUGAAAAUUGUGGAGCCAUGGGACAUAAAAAGAAAGACUGCUUAGAGAGGCCUCGCAAAGUAGGUGCAAAAUUUUCCCAGCAGUCAUUUGCACCAGAUGAAAUCCUUCCACCUAAACUGAUGUUGGACUAUGAUGGAAAAAGAGAUCGUUGGAAUGGUUAUGAUCCUGCUAACUAUCAAACGAUAGUUGAUGAAUUUGCUAAAGUGGAAGAGGCAAAACGUUUGUUGAAAGAAGAAAAAUUAAAAGAAGAUUACAUGACUGGGGAAACAAAUCAAAGUAAAGAGCAGGGUGGAGAUGCUGACUUAGAUGACGAUGAUGAUGAAGAGAAAUAUGCAGAUAAUGCAGACAUGCCUGGUACAAAAGUGGACAGCAAACAAAGGAUAACUGUGAGAAAUCUGAGAAUCCGAGAAGACACAGCAAAAUAUUUGAGAAAUCUUGAUCCCAAUUCAGCUUAUUAUGACCCAAAGACAAGAGCUAUGCGUGAUAAUCCUUACAAAAAUGUAGGAAUCAGUGCUGAAGAAUUGCAUUAUGCUGGUGAUAAUUUCAUUAGAUAUACUGGUGACACAUCAAAACACAGCAAGACACAAUUAUUUGCAUGGCAAGCAUAUGAAAAAGGAGUGGAAGUGAAUUUACUUGCUGAACCCACAAAAGCAGAAUUGUUGCAUCAGGAAUUUGAUGUAAAGAAAGAAGAAGUAAAGGAGAGUAUUAAAGGAGGCAUUGUAGAAAAAUAUGGAGGGGAAGAAUACUUGAAUGCCCCACCUAAAGAACUCAUAUUUGCUCAGACAGAGCAUUAUGUUGAAUAUUCAAGACAAGGACAAGUACUGAAAGGAGAUGAGAAACCUGUUGUAAGAUCGAAAUAUGAAGAAGAUGUUUACAUAAACAAUCAUAAAUCUGUUUGGGGCUCAUUUUGGCACGACUUUCGAUGGGGUUACAAAUGUUGCCGCUCGUUUAUAAAAAAUUCAUAUUGCACUGGAAGUGCUGGUAUUGAAGCUGUUCAUGAAGCAUCAACUCUAAUUAGUAGCAAAAUAGAAGAGCAAGAUAAUAUUAACAAAUAUGAAUCUUCUCUCAGUGACAAGGGUUCCGGUGAAUCAAAAGUUUCUUCACUUGCUGCUAAAAAGAAGAAAAACAAAAAGAAGAAGAAAAAGAAGAAGAAGCAUGUAUCUUCAAGCUCUGAUGAUUCAGAUGGGGAACAGGAUAAAAAGCUUAAGAAGGCUUUGAAAGCUGAAGAAGCUUCUCAGAAAGAAGCAGAUCGAUUGCUUGCAAUGGACGAAAGAAAACGCCCAUACAAUAGCAUGUACGAGGUCAAAGCUCCUACCGAGGAGGAAAUGGAAGCCUAUUUCAUCAAGAGGAACAGGCCAGAUGACCCAAUGGCAGGGUUUCUGUGAAAAUAACUGCAUAACUAAUGACUCUUUGUAAAUAUGUAAAUACAUAAAAGCAAAUCAUUAAAACUUUUUAUUACACUAGUUGUAAAUAUCAUUU